GUUUACUUUAUUCUGGAUUGUCGUACGAGUCAGAUCGGUUUUGAUAGAAAAACAACCAAAAUUAUUUAGUGCAAAAACUAAAACUAGUGUUCUUGAAAUUUUUCGUGUUUCGAAAAUUCCAAAAUUUCUUGUUGCUAUUGAUAAUUACAUUGCUCAGAGUACGUUUGUGGUGAAAGUGUAAACAGAAUCAAAGAUGCCUUCAUUAAGGAGCAUGAUACGGACUUGUGCUCAGCUCUCAGGCCGUAGCAAUGCCAGGGCAUUCGCUACCGAAUGCAAAAAACCCAAGGGUGCCGUCGUUGGUGUCUACAUGGGAGAUGGUGACAAGCCGGCCAAGCCCACCAAGAACGCCGUCCUCCUGGACGAUGCAGUCGGCGGUAAUCUGAUCUCAUUGAUCCGGGAGCGCGCUAUAAACGGCGCCCUUGGCAAGGGUCUGCUGUUUAGCGGAUUUGAGGGUGAAUAUCAGGCGGUGGCCGUCAUCGGUGCGGGUAAACAUGGUGCAGCCUACAACGAGAACGAAGAGAUGGACGAGGGCAUGGAGAAUGUGCGCAUAGCGGCCGGCACUGGAGCCCGGGCCCUGCAGCUUCAUGGUAUGCAUGAGGUGCAUGUGGAUGCCUUCGAUUAUCCGGAACAGGCCGCCGAGGGUGCCGCUUUAGCCGUGUGGCGGUUCAAUGCCAACAAGAGGAAGAAGCAUCGCCUGCACACCCCCAAGUUGGACAUGUAUGGCAAGGGUGAUCGUGAUGCCUGGAUCCGGGGACUGUUCAAGGCCGAAUCACAAAACUUGGCCCGUCGCUUGUCCGACACACCGGCCAACAUGAUGACACCAUCCAUCUUUGCCCAGGCCACCGUGGACGCCCUCUGUCCGUGCGGUGUGUCCGUGGAGGUGCGCUCCAUGGACUGGAUCGAGGACAUGAGCCUCAAUUCCUUCCUGAUGAUCGCCAAGGGGUCCUGUGAGCCGCCACUGAUGCUGGAGUGCAGCUACUGCGGCACCUCGCCCGAGGAUCGUCCCGUUCUGCUGCUGGGACAGGGCCUCACCUUCCAUAGCGGCGGCCUGUGUUUGAAGCCCAAAAAGGGCAUGGACAAGUACCGCGGAGCCAUGGCCGGAGCCGCUGUCUGUGUGGGAGUACUCCGUGCCGCCGCCGCCCUGUCACUGCCCAUGAAUAUCACCGCUGUCAUUCCUCUGUGCGAACACAUGCCCUCUGGAAUGGCUGUCAAGUGCGGCGAUGUGGUGACCCUGCUCAAUGGCACCACCAUGGGUAUCAAGAGCGUGGGCAAGGCGCCAGUUGUUCUUAUGGCCGAUCCCCUGCUGUACGCACAGGCCACAUUCAAGCCAAAGCUGGUCAUCGAUAUCGGAACGGUGGCCAAGGGAGUGGACUUUGGCGUCGGCGGUGGUGCCAGUGGUCUAUGGACCACCUCCAAGUCAGUGUUUGAGAGCUUCCGCAAGGCUGGUGGCAUCACCGGCGACCGCGUCUGGAGGUUCCCACUCUUCAAUUACUACAAGCAGAUUGUGAACAACAAUAUCACCUAUGACCUGUGCAACACUGGCCGGGGUCACGCCUCCUCUUGUCUGGCGGCGGCCAUCCUUCACUCGCUGGUCCCCUGCGUGGACUGGGCCCAUCUCGAUAUCCGAGGCACUGGAAUGAUCACCAAGGUCAACCCGUUGCCAUAUCUGCUGAAAGGCUCUAUGACCGGACGCCCAACCCGUACAGUGUUCCAGUUCCUCUUCCAAAUGGGUUGCCAGGACUAGUAUCAUUUUAACUAGUAUCAUCACAAACCGUAGUUUCAGUCUGGUGCAGAUUUCCUAUCUGUGGGCACCUGUCUCUUUGCCCAUGUAUUUCAUUUUGAAGUCCUUUGGUCUGUGCACACAAGGAUGCAGUUGGUGUAAAAGUAAACACUCUUCCCGUAGUCCCACGUGGAAUAAAUAUCAGUGACAUCGAACGUA